AUGGGAAGGACAAGCCAGGCUGUGCUAGUAAUUCUGUGUGUGUUAAGGACUGUUAAAGCUUUUGAAAUGAAAAUUAUACCUGCUGAGAGAAUCAUGGCACAGAUUGGAGACACACUCAUACUCACAUGCAAUACUACUGGCUGUGCAUCACCAAGUUUUUCCUGGAGAACACAGAUGGACAGCCCCCUCGGAGGAAAAGUCAGCAGCUACAGGACACAUUCUACACUGACUAUGAAUCCAGUUAGCAUUGUGAAUUCUCAUUCUUAUCUUUGUACUGUCAUGUGUGAUGACAGAGAGAAAAAGGAGAAGAGUGUCAAAGUUGAACUUUACUCUUUCCCCAGUGAUCCUGUCAUUGAGAUCAGCCCAUCCUUAGUUGCUGGAGAACCAGCCACUGUCACCUGUAAAAUUCCUGAUGUGUAUCCUUCUGACCACCUGGAAGUUGUCCUAAAGAAAGGUGAACAUGUUCUUCGUAAGGAAGGUUUUCUUGAAGGUGACAGCACAAAUACAGAGACCAAAACUGUGACACACACAUUUCUUCCCACGACUGAGGAUAUUGGGAAAGAGAUUACCUGUGUGGCCAGGUUGCCAAUUGCUAAUACAGAUUUUGAACCCAAAGAAAGAACAUCUUCUCAGAAACUUAAUGCAAAUUUUGGUCCACACAGUACUGUCAUUACUGCAUCUCCACGCAAAUUGCUGAUGGAAGGAGACUCUCUGAACCUCACUUGUGUGACUCAGAGUAACCCACCAGCAAAAAUAGUUUGGAGCAAAUAUUUGGCUGAAGAAAGCAUUCAGCAUCUGAUAAAAAACAAUGUUUUUUCUAUUCCCCAUGUCCAUUUCAAUGAUUCUGGACGGUACAUCUGUGAAGUAAUUAACCUGGUGACUAAUAAAACAGAGAAAGCAACUGUGGACAUUACUGUACAAGGUGCUCCAGUCAUUACAAAACUCUCCAUUGAACCUUCUACAACAGUUCAAGAAGGAGAAAAUGUUUCCAUACAGUGUUCUGCUGAAAGUAAUCCUUCUCCCAAGAUUAUUUUAAGGAAAAAAUCUGACAAUGCAGACAUGAGGCCUUACAGUGCCAGCAGUAUUCUUCUUCCAUCUGUGAUGUUCCAAAAUGGAGGAGACUAUGAAUGUCUAGCAGAAAAUAAGUUUGGGAAGAGCAAAAGGGAAAUCACACUUAAUGUGAAAUAUGGACCAAAGAAUACAAUGAUCACUGUUGUCCCCACUGCUGCUCUUAAAGAAGGAGAAACUGUGACAAUGAAAUGUACUAGUUCUGGUAAUCCAGCUCCUGUGAUCUCCUGGAAGAAAAAGAAGGCCACCGGGGAGUCUGAGAAAAUUUCUAAAAAUGCAACUUUAACUAUACGGAACUUGAAAAGUCAAGAUCUGGGGCUUUAUGAAUGUGAAGCUUAUAAUCAAUUUGGCAAGGAAGAAAAAGCUGUGAAAUUAUAUGUUCAAGUUCCUCUCCAAAAUAUUAUUAUAUUAGUAUAUCAAUCAGAAAAUGUUAUAGUAGAAAAUAUCACUGUUACAUGUAGCACAUAACCCUCAGAGAUGGUCCUGAAAAAGAGAGAAAUUAUUCUGCCAUCAGCGAAUGCAAACUUUAUACUCUGCAGUGUCACCAAAAAUUACGCAAGCAUCUAUGUCCUUCAUAUUUCUGUAAGUGAUGCACAUGUAUCUGUUUCAAACAAUAUUUACACUUUUUUUUCUCCUUUUGUCUCCAUUUUCAGCAAGAUUGGAAGAACCAGAUCAGACUAUACCAUUGAUUGUUGCAUUCUCAUCUGUAGCAGCAGUAGCAAUACCUGCAGCUGCGAUUUUGAUAUAUGUGUCAAGACAAGCAAAGAUCAAUGGAUCCUACAGUCUUGUAAAAGCACUCAGGUUGAAAGUUUGAUCGUGUGAAUAUAAGCCUUUAGUUGAUGAUAAUAAGUGCAUUUAUUUAUUGCUGUGACUGGUUCUACUCUUCUGUAACAUAUGGU